AUGCCUCACCUAUCUAAAACUCAUAAAAGUAAUAAAAAUGCUCGCCAUGCAAAAAAGUUAAAAUCCUAUAAAAAUAAUUCCAAUAUAUUAGAAAUUAAAAAUUCAACAUGCGAUUUUUACAUUCGUCGACAUAAAAAUCUUCAAUUAAUUACAUUGGAAAAUACUUCGACAAUUGACCUAUUAGAAAUUGAACAAUCAAUUGAAAAUUUAGAAAAUUUAGUUAAUCAAACAUCAACUUCGCAAUUGGCUAUCUCAAAAACAGAAAAAAUAAAAAGUGACCUAGUAACAAAAUUUAAUUAUUUAUCAGAAAAGGAAUUAAUAGCUUGCUCUCAGUUAUUUAAUAAUAUGACAUAUAAAGAUGGACCAAAUAAAGGAAAGAUUUUAUCGGCAUAUUUACAAGAAAAAACUGCCGAGUUGUUAUUCGCGAGUCAUGAAAAAUCUAGUUACAAUUUUCAAGAAGAAAUAUCAGAUAAAAAUAUUGAAAAAGCUAUAGUUAAAAAAAUCAAACAAAAUAAUCGUGAAUAUACACCCGAAUUUGUUUCUAUGGCUACAAUAUUAAGUACUAUCAGUCAAAUUUCAAUAUCAUCAACAGUACAAUGUACAAAAGAAAUCAUAACAUUUCUUACUGGUCAGCCUUCUAAAUCAUGCUUAUCUCCAACAGACAAAAGUACUAGAGGAGAAAAAAAAAUAUUUUUAGUAUAUAUAGCUUAUUGGAAUGAAAACAAACAAGAACCUAUGCUUACUAUCCUUAAUAUGAAAGAUUUGGAUCAUUGUUUAGCAUCUACAGUAUCCUUAAGCGUUGGAGAAGCUAUUAGUAAAAAUUUAUUAAAUCCAGCACAGUGUCAAUAUUGGCUUACCGAUAAUACAGCUUAUAUGUCAGGAUCAACAGCUGGUGCUGUUAUUAAAUUUAAUCAGCAAUAUUCGGCAAAAGCAGCUUGGAUUCCUUGCGGUUUAUAUGCAUUACAUAUAGCUUCAGUACAUUUUAAUGAUGUAGCAUUUGGAAAAAUUAAUUCACUUACAGGAAUUUGUUUAAAGCCGCAUCUGUCUAAUGUUCUUAACUUGGCUUAUUAUCUUCAUUGUAGAUAUAACAAAUUAGAUAAGGACAAUCCGUUAAAUAUGAAAACAAAAAAAAUUAGCAAAUUAUAUAAAGCACUACUUAAUUAUAAUCUUAAACAAUACCAAAAACCUAUCUCAACCCAUUGGCUAUAUCAAUUAACUACAGCAAAACAAUAUUUAGAUCGAAAAGAUAUUCAAUUACAAUUUUCUAGUUGGUUUAUUAACCAACUAGAACAAGCAAACAAAAUUCUUGAAAGUUAUUUAAAAAAAUGA